UUGAUCUUGCUGUUCCUGGGCAUGUCUAGUAUCAGGGGUCUUUGCUAUAGGGUGUCUUUCUCUGUUGCUUGGGAAAAGGUUUACAUCAAAGUUGGAAUUGACUCUUGCUUAUUUCUUGUUCUAGGCUUUGAAAUGAACUCUGUGUAUCAGGACUAAUUUUCUGGCUGCAGGGAGGACAUGAUAGCUGCUGGCAGUAACCAGCACCCCUCGGGCUCUCGUUGGUGGGGGUGUAUGUGUGUGUAAGUGGAGCAAGCUUUGUCUCUACCUUGGCACUGGGACAUUGUGCAGUGAAACCUUACAGAGCUCCUUCCAGGUGCCCUGCAGAGCACUGUGGGGAUUGCCCUAGGAGACACUACCACCGGAGUUAACUUUGGCACCUUCUGCUCCUGUGUAGGUGAAGAAAUGUUUAAGUUGCUGUCUGCUCCUCUAGCGUUGUCACAGUUGCUUCCACAUCAGUGUUGCAUGGGCUGUGGGCACUGUUGGGCAUCCUCAGGCUCUUGGAGAUCACAGGAAGGCAUGGCUCUGGCUGUGAAGUGCGGUUUUGUUUCUUUGCCCACUCUCCCUUCUGGAUCUUUGCAGAUGAUGCCUGGCAUCUGGCUGGAGUGACACCUGGAAAAGGCUUAAGGAAGGAUGACAAGAAGAAUCAAAGUUAUGGGAAGACUUCUGGAGGAGUAAUUACAUGGCUGAGAACUCGCCAGCCUGGAAGAGCAAUGGGGCAAGUCUGUGAAACCCUGAGAGGACAGAGGCGGGAAGCAAAGAAUGACUGUUCACGGGCUUUUUAAGUACAAAACCUGGAUGCUGUCAAAUGAACAGGUGGCAGAUGAGAAAGAAAUGAGGCUGGUGAGAGCGUUCUGGGAGUGGUCGUGGUGUGACUUUAGCCAGACCUUUGCUCUUGCGCUGGAUGUGUGCAGUGUUUCUGUACUGCAGAAAAACAGCUGAUGGUGCCACGAUGCAGUGCCCUCGUCUUGAGAACUUGAGCAACACGCCAAGUCCCCAGCAUAUAAGGCUGUGGAUUGCCCGUGCCUGGUGACGGGGACCGUAUCUGCAAUGGCCUGACCUGCGCGUGUGCCUGUCACGGCAGGUAACGGCACAGUCGCUCUCAGAAGACGUAGUGAACCGAAUGAAAGAAUCUCCUCAAAGUAAAAAGGACAACCAGAGAUCGCCCCAUUCAUCCAAUGGCACAGCUCCAUCUUCACCAGCUGCAGAAGGGAAACCCAAAUCUCCUACAGGAAUCCAGCCACCAAUGUCAAGUGACUCUGGUCAGAAGUCUUCUGCUGCAGAGCAGGAACUGUACAAGAGGUAUGAGCGAGAACAGGCACUGGUCCAAGAGGAGUUGGUCCGGCUGGCCAAAAGAGAAAGGGAAGCAGCCAGCGAGGCCUUGAAUACUGCCCUUCAGCGGGAAAGGAACAACACUAAUGAAGAGAGGCAGAGAGUGGCCCAGCUGCCUGUGGAUUUGGACGCCUGGGCUGUGGACCUGCAAGGCAAGGAGGCAGAGCUGAAGCGGCAAGAAGCCUUCUAUAAAGAGCAGUUGGCCCGCAUUGAGAGGAAGAAUGCAGAGAUCUACAAACUGACAUCCGAGCAGUACCAGGAGGCAGCCACCAAGGCGGAGGAGUGGAUAAAGAGGAGGAACACUGAUCCUGUCUGUGCAAGCCUGCAGUCUCAAAUUCUGAAGUGCUACCAAGAAAACAAACGUGAAGUGCUCAAAUGCUCGGAGCUGGCUAAGGAGUAUCAGCGCUGUGUUAGUGCAGCUCAGAAGGAGCUGUUAGUUAACUCUGGAUAAACAUCAGCCACCAAGGAGCAGAGGACAGGGACCACAGACACCCUUGGAAGCCCCAGCAUCCUUCUGGAUAGACACUGACCAAGACCGGUGCCUUCUGCCCUUCACGGUCCAAGACAACGACAUGAUUCCUCUUCUAAUUGCCUGCAUGUAUCAGUCUCAGUGGAUGUUCCUGGAGUUGGGAGGAGGAUCCCAGGAGAGGGGGGACGCUAUCAUUUCCUUUUUUAAUUGUAUUACAAUGUAAAGAAUCAUAUUGACCCCAGGUGCUUCCAGCACAGCUUGUAGCUUGGAGGCUUGCCCAACACGAGCUUGGUUCACCCUGUGCUAGCUUUGGUUUCACCAGUCCACACCUGAGUUUCAAGAGCUGUUAUCUUUGUCCAUUUGCUCUGGAGGAAAGGGUCCGAAGUAUUUGGAAGUAACCUUGACUAGCUUGUUAGGAUUAACUGUUCCUAGCAUGCUCCCAUCGGUUACACCAGCGGGCGCGUUUCUUCCCUUCCAAGGUUCCCUCCUAAACAAUAAAGUGUUUAAUGGUCA